CCGUGAUGACGUAAUCACGGCGCGACGAUGCCUAAGAAGAUUUAUAUGAGUUCCCAGCAGGUAGUCGAACGAUGACAACAAAUUUAAAACAGGCCUUAAAAACCCACUUUGGGUUCGACACCUUCAGGUCUAAACUGCAGGAAGAUGUUGUUAAAGCAGUCCAAAGAGGUGACAGGGAUGUGUUUGUGUGCAUGCCUACUGGAGCAGGAAAGUCGCUCUGCUACCAGCUGCCUGCAGUGCUUGCUGAGGGCAUUACUCUGGUUAUAUCCCCGUUAAUCGCUCUCAUUCAGGACCAAGUGGAUCACUUGAAGGAGUUAAACAUCCCUGCCUGCUCCAUCAACUCUAAGCUCCCAGUGAGUGAGCGCCGGUUGAUCCUGGCCGACCUGGGAAGCAGCAACCCGAAGCUAAAGCUUCUCUACAUCACUCCAGAGAUGGUGGCCUCGCCCGCGUUCCAGCCCUGCCUGAUGGACCUGUGCUCCCGUGGCUUGCUGUCUUACCUGGCUGUGGAUGAGGCUCACUGCGUCUCGCAGUGGGGCCAUGAUUUCAGACCAGACUACCUCAAGCUGGGUGAACUGCGGGCUCGAUUGCAAGGAGUUCCCUGUUUGGCCUUAACAGCAACAGCACCCAAGAAUGUACAGGAGGACAUCAUUCAGUCCCUGAGGCUGUCCUCGCCGCUUUCUUUUCUUACACCCGUCUUCCGGAGUAACUUGCACUAUGAUGUGAUUUUCAGGGAGCUGCUGCCAAACCCAUACGUCCACCUUUGUGCCUUCAUUAAGAAAACAUUAUCACUUGGAGGUGGAUCUAACGGACAGGGUUGUGGGAUUGUGUACUGUCGGACCAGGGAAGGCUGUGAGACAGUAGCUCACCAGCUGACGAAGCUUGGAGUCGUAGCUAAGCCGUAUCAUGCAGGCUUGAAGGCAACAGAUCGGACAGGGGUACAGAAUGAGUGGAUGCAGGGGAAAGUGCUGGUUAUUGUGGCUACCAUCAGCUUUGGCAUGGGAGUAGAUAAGGCCAAUGUCAGAUUUGUAGCUCACUGGAACCUCGCUAAGUCUCUGGCCAGCUACUACCAAGAGUCUGGGCGAGCGGGGAGAGAUGGCCUGCCCUCCGCCUGUCGCACAUACUACUCUCCGAGAGAUAAGGAGCAAAUUAAUUUCCUCAUUCGGCAGGAAGUGGCAAGAAAGCAGGAAAAACGGGGCUUUGCAAAGGACACUGACAAAACCGCAAUGACUGACUUUGAAGCCAUGGUGUCUUUUUGUGAACAAGAAGGUUGCCGCCAUGCCACCAUCUCAAAGUUUUUCGGCAACACGGCGCCGAACUGCGCGGGGGCCUGCGACUACUGCCGUAACCCCAAGUUGGUGCGAGCGCAGCUGGAGAGAGCGGCCACACUCAGCACCAAGAUCGGUGCGGCUCAGAGCAGCGAGCCCAAGGGAGCGUUCGGGUUCCAGCCGGACACUUAUGGAGGAGGAAAGAAGGGUUACGGCUUUGAAAGGUAUGAUGAAGGGGAAGGUUAUAGUGAAGAUGAUCCUUUUAAGAGGAAGAAGGAGUUUUCUGAGCUUUUCAAGAAGCAGAUGAGCAUGCGCAAGGGUAACGACAGCAGUCAGAGGGAAGAGUUUGUUCCUCCAGAUAUCGACUGCCCGCUUAGAGAGGCCAGCAGCCAGAGAAUUCCCAAGCUCAGUGUAAAGGUACAAGACAAAACUUGAACACUACGCACACAUUCCUCAUAUCUGCUGCAUUUAUGAACACGUCCUUCAGCGACUCAGGUCAUGUGAUGAGAAAAGCAGCGUUAAAAAACCCAAAACGCAGCAGCUUAAAAGGCUGUGGCUCGUUGGUGUUUGACAUUUUGUACAGUAAAAGUAGAAAGUGAGCGCUUUCCGAGGCGCUAAUAAGAUUCAUAUUGUA